CCCGGAGCCCGGAGCCCGGAGCCGGGGACCCGGAGCCGCUGGAACCGCGGGCGCCGCGAGAUAGCCUGUAAGCUACUCUCAUCAUGGGUGAAACAGAGCAGAAGCCCACCCCCGGAUCACGACUGGGGGCCCCAGAGAACUCGGGGAUCAGCACCUUGGAACGUGGACAGAAGCCACCCCCGACACCAUCAGGAAAACUCAUGUCCAUCAAAAUCCAGAUGCUGGAUGACACCCAGGAGGCAUUUGAAGUUCCACAAAGAGCUCCGGGGAAGGUGCUGCUUGACGCCGUGUGCAGCCACCUCAACCUUGUGGAAGGUGACUAUUUUGGCCUUGAGUUUCCUGAUCACAAGAAGAUCACGGUAUGGCUGGAUCUCUUGAAACCUAUUGUGAAGCAGAUUCGAAGGCCAAAGCACGUUGUUGUAAAGUUUGUGGUGAAAUUCUUCCCACCUGACCACACACAGCUCCAAGAAGAACUCACAAGGUACCUGUUUGCUCUGCAGGUGAAGCAGGACUUGGCUCAAGGCAGGUUGACGUGUAAUGACACCAGCGCCGCCCUCUUGAUCUCACACAUUGUACAAUCUGAGAUUGGGGAUUUUGAUGAAGCCUUGGACCGGGAGCACUUAGCAAAGAAUAAGUACAUACCUCAGCAAGAUGCUCUAGAAGACAAAAUUGUGGAAUUUCACCAUAACCACAUUGGACAAACACCAGCAGAGUCCGAUUUCCAGCUCCUGGAGGUGGCCCGGCGGCUGGAGAUGUACGGGAUUCGGUUACACCCCGCCAAGGACAGGGAAGGCACCAAGAUCAAUCUGGCCGUCGCCAACACGGGAAUUCUAGUAUUUCAGGGUUUCACCAAGAUCAAUGCCUUCAACUGGGCCAAGGUGCGGAAAUUGAGCUUCAAGAGGAAGCGUUUUCUCAUCAAGCUCCGACCCGACGCCAAUAGCUCAUACCAGGAUACCUUGGAGUUCCUGAUGGCCAGUCGCGAUUUCUGCAAGUCCUUCUGGAAAAUCUGUGUGGAGCACCAUGCUUUUUUUAGACUUUUUGAAGAGCCCAAACCAAAGCCAAAACCUGUUCUCUUUAGCCGAGGGUCUUCGUUUAGGUUCAGUGGUCGGACUCAGAAGCAGGUUCUCGACUUCGUCAAAGAAGGAGGACACAAGAAAGUGCAGUUUGAGAGAAAACACAGCAAGAUUCAUUCCAUCAGGAGCCUUGCUACACAGUCCACAGCACUGAACUCAGAAGUGCCAAAACAGUCUCCACAGAGUGUCAGCCUUACACUUGGAGAAGUUGCUGGGUCCCCCGGUGGCCAGAGCUACCAGCAAGGAAAGGAACCGAAAGCAUCCACCGAAGAGUCGGGACCACACCAAAGUCCUGCUCUGCCCAAGAGCCCUCCAGGGAGCAAGUUGGCAGAUGGAGCCACCACGGUGCCACCAGAGGAAGAGGAAGAGGAGGAGGGUGGCAAGGAUCACAUCCAGCCAAGUAAACCUCAGCCCUCGCAGCCAAGCACAGGCUCCGUGACCGGUAGCCCUCACCUUUCAGAGCUGUCCAUCAACUCACAGGGAGGAGCUGCCCCCGCCAAUGUGACCUUGUCUCCCAACCUGAGCCCUGACACCAAGCAGGCCUCCCCCUUGAUCAGCCCGCUGCUGAAUGACCAGGCAUGCCAGAGGACUGAUGACGAAGAGGAUGGCCGGAGAAAGAGACUCCCAGCCGACAAGGCAUACUUCAUCGCUAAAGAAGUAUCCACCACCGAGCGAACGUACCUGAAGGAUCUAGAGGUCAUCACUUCUUGGUUCCAGAGCACCGUAAGCAAAGAGGACUCCAUGCCCGAGACGCUGAAGAGUCUCAUCUUCCCAAAUUUUGAACCUUUGCACAAAUUUCAUACCAAUUUUCUCAAGGAAAUUGAGCAACGACUUGGCCUGUGGGAAGGCCGCUCAAAUGCCCACACCAGAGGGGAUUCCCAAAGAAUCGGUGACGUCAUGCUCAAGAACAUUCAGGGCAUGAAGCACCUGUCAGCUCACCUGUGGAAGCACAGCGAGGCCCUGGAGGCGCUGGAGACCUCCAUCAGAGGCUCACGGAGGCUGGAGCACUUCUGCCGAGACUUCGAGCUGCAGAAGGUGUGUUACCUGCCGCUCAACACCUUCCUCCUGCGCCCGCUGCACCGGCUCAUGCACUACAAGCAGGUCCUGGAGCGUCUGUGCAAGCACCACUCGCCCAACCACGCCGACUUCAGGGACUGCCGAGCUGCGUUGGCAGAGAUCACAGAGAUGGUGGCACAGAUGCACGGUACGAUGAUCAAGAUGGAGAAUUUCCAGAAGUUGCACGAGCUCAAGAAAGACUUGAUCGGCAUCGACAAUCUUGUGACCCCAGGAAGGGAGUUCAUCCGCCUGGGCAGCCUCAGCAAGCUCUCGGGGAAGGGCCUUCAGCAGCGCAUGUUCUUCCUGUUCAAUGAUGUCUUGCUGUACACCAGCCGGGGGCUGACGGCCUCAAAUCAGUUCAAAGUCCAUGGGCAGCUCCCUCUCUACGGCAUGACGAUCGAGAAGAGCGAGGACGAGUGGGGGGUGCCCCACUGCCUGAUCCGAGGCCAGCGGCAGUCCAUUGUCGUGGCCGCCAGUUCUCGGCUGGAGAUGGAGAAGUGGGUCGAGGAUAUCCAGAUGGCUGUUGACCUGGCCGAGAAAAGCAGUGGUCCCACGCCCGAGUUCCUUGCCAGCAGCCCCCCUGACAACAAGUCCCCUGAUGACGCCACAGCAGCUGAUCAGGAGUCUGAAGAUGACCUGAGUGCCUCGCGCACCUCGCUAGAGCGCCAGGCCCCUCACCGCGGCAACACCAUGGUGCACGUGUGCUGGCACCGUAACACCAGCGUCUCCAUGGUGGACUUCAGCAUCGCUGUGGAGAACCAGCUGUCUGGGAACCUGCUGAGGAAAUUCAAAAACAGCAACGGGUGGCAAAAGCUGUGGGUGGUGUUCACAAAUUUCUGCCUGUUCUUCUACAAAUCACACCAGGACAGUCACCCACUGGCCAGCCUGCCUCUGCUGGGAUACUCACUCACCAUUCCCUCGGAGUCCGAGAACAUCCACAAGGACUACGUGUUCAAGCUGCAUUUCAAGUCCCACGUGUACUACUUCAGGGCCGAAAGCGAAUACACUUUUGACAGGUGGAUGGAAGUGAUCCGAAGUGCCACCAGCUCAGCCUCUCGGGCCCACGUCUUGAGUCACAAAGAAGCUCAUGUGUAUUGAUAGCUGGAUGUACCCGUUAAGACUCCAGCUGUGGCUGCUUUCCUGGAAGACAGCAACCUGUCUAAUGAAGCCUAGCAAAAUUCACACCUGUCUGAACAAGUGGUCUGCAGCAUCCCUCACCGUCUCCCUCGUCUCCUCCACUGUUAAUCUCCUUGGAACGGACGGUUCCCACCUCCAGAACUGGGGACUCAUGUGCCCCAAUCCUUGGGGCUCUUCAGCUUGUGCCAGUAUUGAGCCACUGUCAUCACGAGUGCUAAAUGACAGUCUCCCCUCCCCUCCAGCUGCAGCCCGAGCACAGUGCACACACAGCUGUUCACCUGAAGACAGGGCAAGUGCUCUUCUUUUUCUUAGAAAAGGACUUUAUUUUCGUGCAGGCUGCUGUUUAAAACACAAGCAGACUUUCCAGUUUCUGAUGUAUACAGCGCAAGUGCAGUCUUAAGCAAAUGAGACCGUUUUCAGAUUUUUUUCAGUCUUUCUACUUUUAUAACAAUAGCAAGUUGGUAGACUCACCUUCCUUGACUAAUAAGCAAUUUGCAGUGCACUCCAUUCUGCCAAGGGGCUUUGCUCCAGUGAGACAUUCAUCACCAAACCUUCUUGGCGGAAGCUGACCAAAUUGUUCGUGAUUACUCUUUACAGACUGUGGCGGGGUUGUUUUCUGUUAGGAGAAACAGGAAUCCAGUGCAAUACCUGGACUGUCACUGUACUGAGUGGUGUACACAGUGGGGAUGUAUUAACCCGUGGUGUUUUGCUGUCUGUUUCACAAGCAUGAGAACUUGUACGUCAUUGACUGGGGCCAUUUGUGCUUUGUUGUGUGAGCGUCGUGGAUGCAGAAGCGCUGUACAGUAAUGGUACGUAGUCCGGGACCCAUGGUUAGGCCCACUUCCUCCACCAUGGUUUGAACCUGCACAUUCUUUAGUAGUAUCUAUUGUGCCUGUCGUCGAAACAAUUCUUUCUGGUUUUAUACUCACUCCCCCAGGCAUGGGUGCUGUCAGGAGGACAGUGUACAUCCUGGAAAGACUCCACCGGGAACCUGGCUGCCAGCCUCCACUUGGGCCCGGGUGGUAAAGCGUUUGCCUGUUCUCUGUGGUGACUGGGUGACUGCUAUUCCCUUAGUGUCUUGAACCCUUCCUAGUGACGUUGACCACCUCAGCACAGUCCUUUCCCAGCACCCCACACCCAGCGGGGAAGGCCUACUUACCUGCGAAACAGGGAUCCGCCAACGUCACGGGCCUGUGGCUGCUGUCCACGAUUUACAAAUAGACGAGGAGCUUGAGACGUGUUAAUCAUUUGCCUUACAAUAUGUACCAGACGGUUUUAAAUACUAACAAACAAAAGGGAAUAAAAAUACCUCACGCCACAAUCCAGCAUAUCGAAAUUUUAAAGGCAAAACAACCCACCUUGCCUCUUGUCUUUAUUUCCAUCAAUCACGUGUGCAUGUGUGCACGCUCACACGUCUGCAUGCUUGUGUGUGCAUGUGUGUGCGCACGCGCGUGUUGCAGAACAGGACUGGGCUUACAGCAUUGUCUCUGCAGAGGAGGUGCUGGGGGAUGUGAAAGGGCAAGGACAGAGAGCGUGGUGUCAGGGAGACAGAACAUUCUAGAGGACACAUAGAGGCUUGGGCAGGAAGUUAAACACCCAGGUGAGAAGGUAUGGAGAUACCAUCUACAUCCGCCACAUAGCAAGAAGCCCCUGACAAAGGGUCAGGGUGAACACUGGGGACCCCAGCCACCAAGCAUCCAGCAAGCAGAAUAGCAUCAGGAAAAUGCUUCCUCCAAAAGGGAAGACAUGGGACCAAAGUGGUCCCCUACCUCCAUGCUUGUGAAUGGUUUCAAACCAUCUGCUGGACACCUGUGACCAGCACCUCUUCCUCUGUGGCCACAUGGGAGACAAAGCUAAAAUAACAUGGACAACUGAGUCCACUCCCAAGCUGUCAUCAGCAAGAGGCAGCAUUUCAGACACCCUCUACACCCAAGACACAAAAUUACAAAAAGUCAUUUUCUGAGAGCUUUACUGACCCUUGCAUGACAGCAGAGUACUCAGGAACACGCCCUAGAGUGCUCGCUGCCCUCACUGCUGUAUUCUGCAGCAGAGGUACAGAAGCCAUGGUUUUUCAAGGAAGGGAAUAUAAAAAUGCUUAUAAACUGAUCACACAUGUUUUGUCAAAGGAAAGGAACAAAUGCUAUAUAAAGAACUAAACCAGACACUUGACAAGGGCAACUCAGAACAAAACUAUUGGCUUUGAAAGGCAAGCAGAACUGGUUCCAUCAAGAAAAUAAAAGCCAGCUGCUGGUAGCCAACAGGAACACAGAACUGUGACUUUCAACAAGGCAUAAAUCAGAGCUAACAGCACUCAGCUACCACCUCAGGGUGCUGUGCUGAGUUUCCUGCCCUAGUUGUGUAAGUAUGGUCAAGGCUGUGGACCAAUGAGCUUUUAACUACUCAGGUUUGGCACUGUGAGGCUUCCAGGUGAUAGUAAGUUGUUCUCAACUUCUGAGCUCACGGAUUCUGUGAAGACCAGCAGCAGCCUGCACUGUCAUGGCAUGUGUCAGUUUGCAGCCCUGGGACCUGGACUUGCUUUUCAUUAAGGACUAAAUGCUCAAAUGCCAGCUUGCUUGGCUAAAAAAGAUGCCAUCAGAAACAAUUUCAACAGAUUUUGUGUAUCUACAAAAAAUAACAACCCAGAAGACACUACACAGGGGUGAUCCACCCCUCCCCAAGGAAGCUUCUGGUAAACUCAGAGUCAUUUGUUGCUUUUACCAGGAGAUGGAGUUGCAAUUAUAGCCUAGUGAUGGCCAAGAGGCUGUUAACCAUUCAUGCCAAUAUGCUUAGGAUCCAGUCUAGCAGUGUAACUAUGAUCACUAGUGUUUAAGACUGGCUUCAAGGCUGGGGAUAUAGCUCAGUGGUGCAGUAUUUGCCUCGCAUGUGCAAAGCCCUGGGUUCAAUCCCCAGCAGUGAAGAAAAAAAAAAAAAGACUGGUUCAACAUCCAAAGUGAUGUCACUGUCCAUUCAUACACUUGAAGAGCUACAUCAAUCAGAAAAGCCUGCUUUCUCAGUGAUGCUCCUAAAAUGAAACACACACACACAGAUCCAUCUCUCUGAGUUCCUUUCUCCUACAAUGGAGAAAACUGACCUUUGGCUUAUGCCUCAUACAGAAAAAGAGUGCUGACACAGAAUACUCUAGAAACACAAAAUGCUCUCAAGUUUUAUUGUUCAAGGUAACAUUCUUGCUGCAGAAUAGCACAUGCAAGAACAACGAGCAAUCCUGUUCUAUUUCUCUAACCAAGAUGUAUCUCCUUUCUAGAAAAAGUCCAACCCCACACUACUUCUGGUCUGAUUCUACAAUCUUAAAAGAAUAGACUCUGUUUAAUGAACCAAA